AGAUAAUAAUAAUAAUAAAAAAAAAAAAGCAGCUAAAAUGUGAGCUAAGUUUAAUGUAAUGGCCACAAAUACGUUUUGCAAAGAGCUAACAGUCUGUUGCAGAAAUGACUGGACGUUCGAGCCGCUAGGUUCUUCCCAAGCAGCGGCGUUUCCCCGCCGGCGCAGAGGUUCGCGCUCUUUCGCCAGCAUCCCUAACGUCCCGUGGCCGCGUCACACGGUGCCGCGUCCUUCCGCUGUCUGUAUCGCCGCUUAUUUACCCCACGGCCACGGAGGAGCGCGCCUCGUUCGUGCCCGCCGUCCACGCAGCGCCUUCACCGGGGAGACAAACAUGGACAACUCGGGGAAGGAGAAGGAAGCGCUUGCGCUCAUCGCCGAGGCCGAGAAGAAGCUCAAGUCGUCGCAGUCCUUCUUCGGCACCUUGUUCGGAGGCUCGUCGAAGGUGGAGGAGGCCUGCGACAUGUACGCCAGAGCUGCCAACAUGUUCAAGAUGGCAAAGAACUGGAGCGCGGCAGGCAAUGCCUUCUCUCAGGCGGCACGACUUCACUUGCAGAUGCAGAGUAAACACGACGCCGCCACCAACUUCAUUGAUGCCGGCAACGCUUUCAAGAAAGCCGACCCGCAAGAGGCCAUCAACUGCCUGAACCGGGCCAUUGAGAUUUACACCGAUAUGGGCCGCUUCACCAUAGCAGCGAAACACCACAUCUCCAUUGCCGAGAUCUACGAGACCGAGCUGGUGGACAUUGAUAAGGCCAUCGCCCACUACGAGCAGGCAGCUGACUACUACAAAGGAGAAGAGUCGACCAGCUCUGCCAACAAGUGCCUUCUCAAAGUAGCAACGUAUGCUGCUCAGCUGGAGCAAUACCAGAAAGCCAUUGAAAUCUACGAACAGGUUGGUACCUAUGCCAUGGACAACACUCUGUUAAAAUACAGUGCAAAAGACCAUUUCUUCAAGGCGGCGCUGUGCCACUUCUGUGUGGACAUGCUCAAUGCCAAGCUCGCCGUUCAGAAAUAUGAAGAGAUGUUCCCUGCUUUCUCCGAUUCACGGGAAUGUAAGCUGGUGAAGAAACUGCUGGAUGCCUAUGAAGAGCAAAAUGUUGAUGGCUACACUGACGCUGUGAAGGAGUUUGACUCGAUCUCGCGCCUGGAUCAGUGGCUCACCACCAUGCUGCUCCGAAUCAAGAAAACCAUACAGGACGAGGAGAGCGACCUUCGCUAGUGCCCGCCGUAUUGCCGUAGCCCUUGCUGCAUACAAGCCUCUACAAACCGUUUCUGACUCCCCAUCACACAUUAUUCUUCUCUUACAUUUGCCUCCUGCUUUUUUUCCUUUUCCUACGCUUCAUAUGUAAUCUAAAAAAAAAAAAAAUUUUUAAAAAACUCUAUUUUUUAAUCAAACAGUAUGUCAAGCCUAUUUUUGGCAUUGGUUUGAAAUAAAAAAAGAAUUAGAUUAGAUACGUAAAACAUGGUUAUCCAUAUUUCUAAAGGUGUGUGUGCGGCCGUGGGAGGGCUUGCGAGUGUAGGAACAUUGCUGCUGGAAAGUGGCACCAGGUGGUGGUGAGUCACUCAAGUCACAUACAGUUUAUGAUGGAGUUGAGGCCUUUGACAUGUUCCCGGUGUCUCGGGUAACUGGAGCCAAGCAGAGGAAGUGAUGCUGAACAUCAAGAGUUGCUCUUCGCUCUCAGACACACAGUACGGGGAAACGCCAGGGGCUCUCAUGGACUGUAUUGUACUGUGUAGUUACUGGCAAAAGUCACAGGAUGGAACAGCUUCGCUUUCUGGCUCCUUCGAACGUCGUGCCGAUUCACCGAUUGAUCGAUCGUCAGUCCUUCCCAGUGCUUCUGCUGCAUUAAAGAGCUGUUUACCGUGCCCUUUGCCACUGCUGAAGGGACUGGCAUACUGCUGGAUCGAAGCCACUCUUGUCAAUAAUAAUUGUAUUAUAGCCACCAGGUUGUAUCUGCUCUUUUCAGUACUUUCUGACUGUGUUUGAGAGCCAUGCAGUGACUAGCUAGCUCAUUUGUGUCUCACAAUAUUUAAUUACUCAUUUUCAUUUGAGUCCUAUUGGUCUUGCUGUUAAAUGCUUGCUGUUGUUUGAAAAAUAUUAAACAUUUCCUUUUUCAUCUUU